AUGGCGAACGGCAACACUGUGUCGUCUCCAAUCGGUGGCCAGUCCAACCAGGGUCUCAGCGGCCUUGCUGGUGGCUCUGGCAAUGCCAACGGCGGUGUCUGCUCCGGCAACUACAUCGCUCAAUGCUGUCAGCUUGAUGUGCUCGGCGCUGCUGCUGUGACCUGCAACACCCCAUCCAGCGGCAUUACCUCUUCCCAAGCCCUCACCAGCGACUGCGCCGCCACUGGCACCACUGCUAUGUGCUGCCUUAUCCCAGUUGCUGGCCAGGCUCUCAUCUGCCACAACGUCUAA